GCAGAGGAAGGAGAAACGGCAAGAACACAAGAAAGACAGCAGUAAAGAGGGUGGGAGGGAUAGAACCAGAGACAGAUAGAAAGCCAGGGAGACAGAGAAGAAGCUGUGUGUGUUUCCUCCGCUGUUUUGCCGAGGCCAUGGCAGGCACGGCGUCGGAGCCAGGCACCCAGUCCAGGGUGAUGUUCCAGUCCGCAGAUAAAACAGAGGAGCCUCCUCAUCGCAAACUGGGCAAGCUGACUGUCAAAUACAACCGCAAGGACCUGCAGAGGAGGCUGGAUAUUGAGGAGUGGAUCGACGAUCAGCUGCACCUGCUCUUCGACUGUGAGGAGGACGAGAUCCCAGAGUUAGAGAUUGACAUAGAAGAGUUGCUGGAGUUGUCAGACGGGGAACAGCGGUCCAGACUGCAGGAAUUACUGCAAGAAUGUGGCAAGCCAAAAGAGGACUUCAUCAAUGGGCUGCUUUAUAGAAUGAAGGGUCUACGCAAAAUGUCAGGGUCCCUGAAGAAAUAAUUUAAGGACAAAGAACGAAGACAACGUGAAACUUCCUGAUCUCCCCGACCCACCGCGUCAUUGCCUGGCAUUCUGGAUGUGGUGUGUGCAGUAACAUGCUGAUGGAACCCUCUUUCUGCACACAUGGGUCAAUAUUGGUCUGUAAAAAGAACUAUGGGUUUUGAUUGGUGUUUUUUAUUAUGUUAUUUAUGGACAGUUUUAAAAUGUUGAUUCCACCGAGUACAUGUACCAGUAAUAAUAUGUUUUGUCUAUUACUCACACAGAAUGUUCUGUUUUUGUGUAAGACUGUAUAUUUGUGUUUGCCUAUUUAUGUACAUAUAUUUUUGUUCUGAUUACGGUGUUGUGCGUCAAUAAAAGCUGCUUUUUUGAGACA